AUGGCUUUUCCCUCCCAACCCAUCUCUAGUCCUGCGCCGGAGGCUCCCUCCACGCCGAAUCAUGCCUCUCCGGCUCGCCGUCCGCGGCCUUCGAGGCCCAACUACAGACACAUCCAUCGCUUCCCUUUCCCCGUCGAAGUGCAUCCGCUCCCUCCACUGAUCCCCCACAACCCUCUCUCGCUCGUCAGCGUCCUGCUCUCCUACCUGACGUUCUUCAUUGCCCCCCCUCAUCGCGAAAUCCACUCCGCCUACUUUGACUCCGCUACCUCCUCCGUCCAUGUCACGGACCCGAAGGCGAUCAAAGCGCUCUGGGAGAUGGGCUUCUUCGGCAAGGGAACCCUGAGUCGAAGUGAGCCGAGCUGGCUGGAACGAGAGAAGAAGAGGCGCGGGCUUCUCGGGGGGGUGACCAGCGAGGAGGUCACACGACAGCGGCGGACUGAACGCCGCGAAUUGAAACUGGAGCGAGCAAGGAUGGAAAAGCUUGCCAUUGAGGAGAGACUCAAGGCCGAGGCGGCGGCCAGGGAAGGCGGCGCGACGCCAGUCGAGCAGUCCCUCUCGCCAACCCCAAACGGUGUUCCCGACGGCACGAUACCUGCUACGGAGAAGUUCUCGCUCAGGAAGGCUAGAGAAGCCAAGCUCCUUGAGUCACAGCGCUCGGUGGCACAAGACGGCAAGGCACACGCCCCCGGUCCCGGGAAACGGUCCCCCACUCUCGAACGUGAACCCGAAGAGGAGCCUGUUCUGAAUAAUGAAGAGCAUCUCCAACUGUCCCGCGAGGAGGCAUUCUUUCUCGUAUACGGGCUCGGGGCCCUGCGUGUUCUAGACGACUCGCGGAAGGAAGUCAUUUCCACGUCCUCCCUGCUCCCGCUCUUCUGUCAACACUCGUACUUCCCCCCUCGCGACCCGUCCGCUGAUCUGACGCCGGAUGAUUCCUUCAUGAUAUCAUAUGUUGUGUACCACCACUUCCGGUCCCUGGGGUGGGUUGUGCGCUCCGGCGUGAAGUUCGGUGUGGACUACAUCCUCUACAACCGCGGGCCCGUCUUCUCCCAUGCCGAGUUUGCAGUUGUGGUCAUCCCAGCCUACGAACAUCCCUACUGGUCGGCGACGGCAGACCGCAGGGCGCACUGUGCAGAGAAACAAGCGCGCAGCUGGUGGUGGCUGCACUGCGUCAACCGGGUCCAGGCGCAGGUGAAGAAGAGCUUGGUGGUUUGCUACGUGGAAGUGCCACCACCCACCUCCUACGAGCUGGACACCCCGUCUGAGGAGGAUAUUGGGGCCAUGCUGGCUCGGUACAGAGUCCGAGAGAUGGACAGUCUCGACAUCGCGAAGCUGCAACGCGUCGCGUUGGGCCUACUGGCCGUCAAUGGCCCAGAGAUCGUCCAGGAUUUCUUUCAUGAGCAGGACGCCCAGCGAAGUUCACCGUCGCCCGUUGCUGCCCCGGACGCUCAAAAGUCCCCGUCCCAGCCUUGCCGCGGCCUGUCGUCCUCUCGCUCACCCACACGACCACAGAAUGCCCCAAGUGCGAUAGAUCCGACUCCGACGUCCUCUAAAUCCCGUUCUCGAAACCGUCUUGCUGCCGGUGCAGCACCGUCGGGGAAAAUGUCGGCGGAAUCUGCCCCUUCCGAUACGCAGGUCAUCUCCCAGUCCGUGCUCGACGAGCUCAUCAAGAAAAACUAUGACGCGGCGGAGAACGCCCCGGAUAACAACUUGGGGGGGCAGGCAUCAUUGAUGACCUUUCACGAGGGUGAUAGCGGCCAUCUCGAUCUACUGUCUGGCUACGAGGAUAUACACACCGAUGGCGUCAACGCGGAGGCGGAUGACCUGGACGACGACCAGAGCAGCUCCAAGCUGGGGGAAUCUUCGCCCAUGGUCUACCAGUCGAACCUGUUCCCCGAAUCGCAGCGCUUUUUGACCAAGACGCCUGUCACAGCGGUGAAGCGUGCUCAUUCGGAUGGCCUCGCUACCGUGUCCCCCUCAGCUUCGCGGAAUCCCCUCGCAGCGGAUAUUGGUUCAAGUGGCGGGAUCAUGGCGUUGAGCCAGGUUUUCAGAGCAACCCAGGCACCAUCGUCACCGUUGGUGCAUGCACAUCAUCCUGACCUCACUUCGGACCGGCCAUCGCCCAAUAUUCCCAUCCAGACUCAUCCGCUUGCUACAACCCUCUCCUCUCCGUACAACCGUCUUGCCGCAACCUUCCCGCAGAACGCGUCCGCACAUCGACUGAACUAUAUCAGCAUGCAGGAGUCGCAGGCAAAUCGGGAUCAGGAUUUCCAUGAAAGGAUGACACGUUCGGCGGACCAUAUCUACUCCGACCAGAGUGACGAGGAAUUCGAUAAGGAGCCCAGCUUCGUCGAGCGUAUGAGGCGGCGUAGGUUGGUCGAUGAGGAGGCUGAUGCGCAGCUUAUUGCAUGCACGGCGCCUGCAAGACCGGCCAGUCGGCGGGAAGGGCAGACGAGCACAGCGACAGACUCUGCAGUCAAGGCGUCAGAGGGGCCGGAAUGGACUGGUGGGCUUGUUGAAGACGGUGGCGACCAAGAGCUUGGCACCCACCCUGUGGUUCUCAGCGAGGAGGAGACGGAACAGGAGCUGGAGGAUGACUUGGAACAGCCUUUCUCACAGUCUCAGCCCAGUUCGACCGAGGAAGAUAAGGAAAAUUGCCACGACCCAGCCACUACAAUUGCAGCUACCAGUAGUGCGCAUGACCGUCUAUCUCAAGCUCUUGCCCUACAGAGCCCGUAUUCUAGCGACAGAGAGGAGAUAGGAGAACACAGAGAGUCACGUCUACGUUCUCGCAGUAUUGUGCCGGAUGAACACCUGCCUGCCACAAGCCGGUCAUCACAGAUUUCGGUUGUGAAGGAUUCCCAGCGCUCUCCUGGACGUAAGGACAGAGGUAAUGAUGACACCGAACAGUGGGAUAGGGGGGGCACACGUCAUCCUGGCUCGAAGAUGCAAAUAGACCCUUCGUCUGAUGUGGAAAGGAUCACUUCAUCCCCCACAAAGCAAGUCCGUAUACGCUCUUCUCCCCCGGGGUCUCAACGCGGUAAAAGAUUUGAACUUGGUGAUGCCAACGCUGCCAGCCAGCCUGGGUCAGACGCGGGCAGUCCAUGCCGCUCCCCGACACCAAGGGCUUCAGCUCGCGAGAUCAAGUCGAGCAACUCAACCCUCCAAAGACCUGCCGACAUAGCUGACAGAUCCUCGACUCGCGAUUCUCGAGAGAAGUCAUCGUCGAUGCCCUCGCGUGUCGCCGAAACGCCUGUCGCCCCAAGGAGCUUCGCAGAUGUGAUCCCUAUGACGAGCAUACCCGAAACCAGUCCCAGCCGCCUGGGUCACCCAGGUUGGCCCAAUGAGCUGAAAGACACAGCGGAUCAGGAAGACGACGAUCUACCGCCCGUCUACGUGGAUGCGCAUGAACGGGGGCCUUCCCAUCCGAUUAUGACAGAUAGUUCUUCGCCUGUGAAGCCCUCUCCGUUCCACCAAUCGAAAAUACUUUCUAGCCCAAGUGGCAGACAGCGCCGGGCACUGACGGAGAUCGCAGCCGAUGAUUCACCCAGAAUAGGAGCCGGAUCCUUUAACCUUGACAUUAACAUUCUGUCUGCCGAUGAUCGCGAGUUUCGGUCAGCAGUUGCCAUGUCUCCCGCGCCACCAAGGAAAAAGCGCCGUGGUAAUGAUGGUCAAAGUGUUUACGCUUCUGAUCCUGUUCUUCCCGUUACGCCUCGCCCAAUGGCUCACUUCUCACAGCACCAGGAUAAGGAGAUGCCAACCAUAACCGAGGUGGAGCCAGCAGAGUCACAGACCAAACCUCCGUCGACGUUCCAGAGACGAUCGAAACCUAGGAGAGCAGAGAGCGUGUGGGAUAUGGAUGAUACUCCUCAGUAUCAUGUUUCGCGCAGAGAAAGAUCCAAGCUUCUGCCUCGUUCUCGCCCAGUUGGACGGCAAUAUGUUGAAAAUGAGCAACCCGAACUGGCUCAUGAGGUGCCUGCCAUGCACAGUAAUCGAGCGGCUAGCCAUGUGCCUGAGCUACGGAGUGAUGCCAAUGGAACUGGCUCAACUGAGAUCGCGGCUGAGGAUGAACCUGUUACAGGAACGCCCAGGGUUCAGCCUCCAGUCCAGCCUCCAGUCCAGCCUCAAGUUCAGCCUACCGUCUAUCCUGCCGUCCAUCCUGUCUACCCUGCUGCCGAGCCUACCGCCCCGCCUGCAGUCAAUCACGAUAAUACUCCUAUCGCUGUCAACCAGGUUCUUGCGCCAUGGAGCGGACCGAAGCGGGCAUACUAUCCUGCAACGUGCUUUGGAAAGCCGUUUGGGACUCAACAGUCGCGGUACCUGGUCAAAUUUGAAGAGAGCACCCCUAUCGAGAUACCCACCGGGGCAGUGAAAAGACUUGAGUUACGUGUUGGCGACGGCGUGAAAGUGGACAUGCCGAACGUCCCCAAGGUGACACACAUCAUCUCGGGCUUCAGCAACAAGCUCAGUAUGGAGGAUAUCGAGCAGGGGGCUGCUAACGGGGCCAUUCCGAUGACUGAUGUGUACGGGUACUCAGCCGUGAUCCUGACCCCGAAGCAGCGCAAGAGCCUCCCAAGUGCCGGGCUUGCUGUCACGGAAGCCAAGAUCACCGUGCCUAUCUCGCGCAUCUACCUUGACACAAUUCUAUGGAAUCGGCUGAAAGAUCGGGGCUUCAGCUACGACUCUGGACCUGUGCCUCCGGAGAGUCGACUCCAGACCCCCGCCGAUAGAUACUCCACGCCGAUAUCUCCAGGUGCUCGGCUAUCCCGCAGUAUCCGUUUAUCCACCGGGCUGUUCGCCGGUAUGGUCUUUGCAGUGUCGUACGGAGACAACAACAGUGCCAAGUCGCGCGUUGCGAAGAUGAUCCUGGAGAAUGAUGGUCGUAUCCUGGAGGAUGGGUUCAACGAACUGUUCGAAUUGCCCGUGAACGCACCCGUGGCCACGCCCACCAAAUCAGCCGUCUCUAGCACCGCCGCCCAAGAUGGCUACCUUCGGCUAACCAGCGGUGCUGCGGACGUGGGGUUUGCCUGCCUCAUCGCCGACAGACACUCCCGUCGGUCAAAGUACAUGCAAGCCCUGGCGCUUAAUCUUCCGUGCCUCUCAGACCGCUGGAUCGAGGACUGUGUCGCGAAACGACAGAUCCUCAGCUGGGAGCUUUACCUCCUCCCGGCCGGAGAAUCCACAUACCUGAACGGGGCAACCAAAUCCAGAUUCCUCGCGCCCUACCCGGCGACAGAGGCCCGCUUCUCGGAGACGAUCGCUGGCCGUCCGAAUCUCCUGAGCGGACAGUCCGUGCUCCUGGUCACCGGACGCAGCGGCCGGACCGACGAGGAGAAAAGAAAGGCAUACCUCUUCCUGACGUACGCGCUCGGCGCAUCCCGGAUCGAGCGCGUGUCCGAUCUCAAGACCGUGCGGGCCAUUCUGGGCAAUCAGGCAGACGGGUCUACCGACGGCAGCGGCUGGGACUGGGUCUACGUCGACGAGGAUGAUCGAUUGUGCGCGAAGGCCGUGACAUCGGGCUCGUCUCUGGCUGGCUCGAGGAAGCGGAAGCGGUCCCGGCUGACCGAGUCCACGAGCGGCAAUGAUCUGGGGCUGGACACCAAUGUCAAGAUUGUGGGUAAUGAGUUUCUCUGCCAGAGUCUGAUUCUGGGGAGAUUGUUUGACCAAUGA